AUGCAUCGUUCACCCAAACCGUGCUUCAAUUUGUUCGCGCUGGUAGCGAUCGUUAUGAUCGGGGGCAGCUGCACCGAUCGGAAACAGAUUCCAUGCACCACACCAAACCAAACGCUGGGAUGGUGCGUUCGUGUGCGCGACUGUGAUUACAUUCUCGAUUACAUGUCGAGGGAGCAAGAGUUGCUCUACAACGAUACGGCAUUCCUUGAGGGUCUCAAGUGUGGCAACCACGUUGAUGGUUCCGUGCUUGUUUGCUGCCCCCGGCUGGUGAAUGGACCCAAGUGUGGCCCGUUUUCGUUUAAAGUUCGCGUACACGGUGGAAACGAUACGGAGAUCGGCGAGUAUCCUUGGUUGGCGUUGUUGCGCUUUCAGGCACGCAACCGCAAGUUUCAUGCGAACUGCGCCGGUUCGCUGGUCGGUGGAAAGUUCGUAGUGACGGCAGCCCAUUGCUUUCUGGCCGCUAAGAAAAAAGGCUGGAAAAUCCACUCGGUGCGUGUUGCCGAAUGGAACUUUAUGAACCACCGCAGCAGCAAGGACUGCAAGCAGCUCACAGACCACGACACUCCCAUCUGCCGGAAGGACUACGACGUGGCCCGGGUCGUACUCCACCCGCACUACCGGGUCAACUACGUCGUGCACGAGAACGACAUCGCCCUGAUCGAGCUGGUACAGAACGUGGAAUUUGGGACCUUCGUUGCGCCAAUCUGUUUGCCACUGGCCGAUGACCAACUGGCCCCAGUUACCAACGAGACGGAGUACACAGCCGCUGGUUGGGGUUCCACGGAAGAAGAUGACGGUAUGUCACAUUUGCUGAAGCAAAUCAAUCUGCGCUGGUUCGAGAAGGACCGAUGCCGGCGGAUAUUUUCCGUGCCAAGUGGAACCGGUAUCGGUGAGGGACAUAUCUGUGCGGGAGGCAUUCGCGGUGAGGACACCUGCCACGGUGAUUCGGGUGGUCCGCUGAUGGAGUUGCACGCUGGACAGUGGUAUCUCGCCGGUCUCACCAGCUUCGGGUGGCCCACUUGCGGUAAAGAUGGCGUACCGGGGGUGUACACGAACGUGAGUCACUACCUGAGAUGGCUGGAACGGGAGAUAUAUCGGGGCGUGUUGGUGUAGCGUUA